AUGGACUCUUCUGCAGGUGAGAGUCAACCAUAUCCAAUGUCUGAGCAAUGCCUAGCCUUUGGAACUUGGAAACAAUUUUACGAACAAGAGCGUCUGGGUGAGUGGCUUGAGCAUGUCCAUACGCACCUGCGGCAGCACAGUUUUCAGAUCAUCUCCCAGUCGAUUGAAGGGAACAAUGACUGCCUUCAAUGGUCCGGCAGGCCGGGCAUAGAGAUCCAUCAUAAGGACGAAGACCAAUGGAACCUGUGCAGCGUUUGCGGAAGUCUGGACCCCUCAGACAAUUUGGAGCCUCCCAUUUCUUCCAUGCACAGCUCAGACGAUGUCUCUAGCUGCCCCUCUCUCACCAAGUACGAGAUCUUUUCGAACAAGAGCUUACCUACAUGUACUCCCACAACUGACUCGGUACCUGGUGCUUUCGGUCGUGCGAGAUCUCCAAGAAAUCACGAAGUCGAACAUGCUUCUCGCUCAGACCUUCUGGAUGCAAUUGAAGAAUUUUCCAUUUCAUGGUUUUCCGCAUGGCUUGCCGACCGGCCCGGUACCACGGGGUUGAACUCAGCCAGCGAAUCGAUUCAUACUUACAACGGCGCGAAUCAAGGCGAACCUUCGCAAGCAGGAAAGCGGAAACCUCGUGGCCAAAGAGACAAGGACAGAGGGGACAGGAAAGCCCGGCGCCUGAACGCGGCCAAGGGAGACGAGCAUGAUGACGAGUAUGACGAUGAUGAAGAUGACGACGACGAUGAUGAUGAUGAUGAUGGUAAUGGCGGCGCUCCCACUGCGGAAUGUGUUCAGUCGAUUCUUGACGCAAGGAAGCCUCUGGCUUGCCCUUUCCACAAAAGAGAUCCGUUAUUCUACGGCCAUGGCAAGUUCGGGGUCUGUGCAACCGGCAUCUGGACGACGUAUCACAGAGUCAGAGAUCAUAUACGUCGCAAACAUUUACGCCCACGUCAUCUCUGUGAGCGAUGCUUUGCAGCCUUCAGGAACCAAGCAGGCCUACAAAGGCACUCCGCGUUGCAGUGCAUCGCAAACGAGAAUGACCCUUACCUGAGCUCCACGGAUUGGGAGCGGUUGAGAGCGGCCCGCAUUCGCAACAAGCCAGAUGACGAGAAGUGGAAACAGAUGUACCAUGUACUAUUUCCAAAUGAAGAGAUUCCCAACCCAUACAAGGGUGGGCCAGCUUGCAACGAGCAUGUGAGGGAACUGGCUUCGGAAAUCGAAAGCAUCCUCUUGACCACCGCCAAUGCAGCACAGGACCAGCUCCAGGCAAUUUCAGACAUCAUAUCUCUUGUGCGUGACGCUAUCUUGAGCGCCAGUGGCACCGCCAGAGAUGUAAUGGAUUUCCACACGGCAGUAGCAAAUGCCUUCAGUGAACCUUCCUGUUGGUUGGAGGAGGCUACAGAUAUUCUGGAUGUCGCCCAGUAUCAGACUGAGCGAGAUUUCCUCAACUUUUCGGCAGACUGUCCAGACACGACGAGUUUUAGAGACGACCAAACUGGAUCGGGGCUCUUGCCUGAGUUAGAGAACCCAUCAGAUGCGACGAACGAUGGUGUGGGAUAUCAGAUUGGUCCAUGGGCUUCCAAUACCCUGUCAAUGUUUUCGAGCAUACCAUUUCUGUACUACGAUCAGGUUGCUCCAGGGCCAAUCGAUGAGAGGGGACAGGAUCAAGAUAUGUCAAAUGUUUCAUGGACACGGAAGGGAUUGGAGGAGUUUCCAGAGGGAACAGGUGAGAGGGGACAGUAUCCAGAUAUGACAGAUGUGGCAUGGACACAGAAGGGAUCGGAAGAGUUUCCAGAGGGAACAGAUGAGGGGGGACAGUAUCAAGAUAUGACAGAUGUGGCAUGGACACAGAAGGGAUCGGAAGAGUUUCCAGAGGGAACAGAUGAGGGGGGACAGUAUCAAGAUAUGACAGAUGUGGCAUGGACACAGAAGGGAUCGGAAGAGUUUCCAGAUGGAACAGAUGAUGCGGAACAUCAGGAUGGCGCGUGUGGCGAUUAG